AUGUCCUCCGAACAAGCUACACACGCUGCUGCUGCUGCUGCCUCAACCCCGGUUGAAAAAGCUGCCCCAGCUCAAUCCAAGAAACAAAGUAAGAAAUCCAAGAAACAAGAUCAACAAUUCUUGUUAAAGACUCCAAAAGGUACCAAGGAUUGGGCUGAUAAGGAUAUGAUCAUCAGAGAAGCUGUCUUUGGUUCAUUGAGCUCACUUUUCAAAAGACACGGUGGGGUUACUAUUGAUACUCCAGUUUUUGAAUUAAGAGAAAUUUUGACUGGUAAAUAUGGUGAAGAUUCUAAAUUAAUUUAUAAUUUAGAAGAUCAAGGUGGUGAAUUAACUUCUUUAAGGUACGAUUUGACUGUUCCUUUUGCCAGAUUUGUCGCAUGUAAUUCGAUCAGUAACAUUAAAAGAUUCCAUAUUGCUAAGGUUUAUAGAAGAGAUCAACCAGCAAUGACUAAAGGUAGAAUGAGAGAAUUUUACCAAUGUGAUUUCGACAUAGCUGGUAAUUACGAUACUAUGGUUCCAGAUUCAGAAAUUUUAAAAAUCACCACUGAAGGUUUAACUGGUUUGGGUAUUAAUGAUUUCAAAAUUAAAUUAAAUCAUAGAAAGAUUUUGGAUGGUAUUUUCCAAGCAUGUGGUGUUAAAGAUGAUGAUGUUAGAAAAAUUUCUUCCGCUGUUGAUAAAUUAGAUAAAUCUCCUUGGGAAGCUGUUAAAAAGGAAAUGGUUGUUGAAAAAAAUCAACCGGAAGAAGUUGCCGAUAAAAUUGGUGAGUUUGUUAAAGUCAACGGUACUAUUCGUGAUGUCUUAACAUUCUUAACUAAUGCUGAAAUCUUGAAAUCAAACGAUUCAGCCCAAAAAGGUAUUGAAGAAAUGUCAAUUUUAGCUGACUACGUUGAAGCAUUUGGUAUUGAAAAACAUCUUUCUUUUGAUUUAUCAUUAGCAAGAGGUUUAGAUUAUUAUACUGGUUUAAUCUAUGAAGCCGUUACUGCUGCUUCUGCUCCACCAACUAAUGCUAAUGAAUUAAAAGAAAAAGCUAAAAAAGAAACCAAGGAAGUUGAAGACGCCUCUGAAUACGUUGGUGUUGGUUCAAUCGCUGCCGGUGGUCGUUAUGAUAACUUAGUUGGUAUGUUCUCCAAUGGUAAAUCAAUUCCAUGUGUUGGUAUUUCAUUUGGUGUCGAAAGAAUUUUCUCUAUUAUUAAAGCAAGAGCUGCAAAACAAUUAGAAAAAUUAAGUUCGUCGCAAACUCAAGUUUUCGUCAUGGCCUUUGGUGGUGGUGAAGGUUGGAACGGUUUCUUAAAAGAAAGAAUGGAAGUCACUAAUAAAUUAUGGUCUGCAGGGAUUAACUCUGAAUUUUUAUACAAAGCCAAACCAAAUAUUCGUAAACAGUUUGAUGCUGCUGAUAAAUCUGGCUCUCAAGUUGCGGUUAUUUUAGGUAAAGAAGAAUAUCCUCAAGGUCAAGUUAGGGUUAAAGUUUUAGGUCAAGGUGAUGAUAGUGAUGAAGGUGAUCUUGUUAAGGUUGAAGACCUUGUUAAAUCUGUCGAAGGUAAGUUAUCUCUGUUGAAUAGAGAUGGUUUAGAUGAAAUCACUCGUUUGUUACAAAACUUAUAA